UUAUUCAGAAUUCAGUACCAUGGGUAUCCGUGGGUCGUACUUCCAAGUUAGGCUGCAGCCUGAAGCACGAGCCUCUCAGAAUUCUAAGCAAACAAGAAUAGGAUCAGGCUGUGCAUUUAUUAUGUCAAAAAUACUUCCUGGAGGCAAGGAAGAAGCAGCACAAGAUAUUUUGACAUCGAUUUACACUAAUGACGGCUCUAAACAAAGGAACUGGGGCUUACUUGUCACCAGUAUUAUUGGUGGGACAUUAGUGGCUCUGUACUCUGUUGCCACGCCGUUUAUUGCACCCGCGCUGAGGAAACAUUGCCUGCCAUUCGUCCCCGCAACAUCAAAGCAGAUUGAAAAUGUCUUAAACAUGCUAAAGGGCAGAAAUGGGUCUUUGGUUGAUAUAGGUAGUGGUGAUGGACGCAUUGUAAUAGCAGCUGCAAAAGUUGGAUUCAAAGCUGUUGGUUAUGAAUUAAAUCCCUGGUUGGUAUGGUAUUCCAGGUACUGUGCCUGGAGAGAAGGAGUUCAUCAAGAUGCCAAAUUUUACAUUUCAGACUUAUGGAAGCUGUCUGGGAGAAUGUUCUUCCAAGUAUCUUUUUUGGCCCCUUCGUCGUGUAUCUGUACGUUUUGGUCUCCUGGGGGGAUCCUGAAUAAAUGAUGCUGUACCGAGCUAGUAGAGAUAUCACUAUUUUCUCCCAUUGACGACUCCCAAUCUGAGAAUGAGUCAUGUUGCCGUGCGAAAGUGACUCUCUUUUUGGACCUCUGUAGCCACAAAUAUACACGAUCAUUGUCAUAGUCCUCUUUGUCCCUGUUGAAUUUGUUAUGUUUGAAAUCCUUGAGUUCUUCAUGAAACUUUUUGAGAUCUUGAUCCAUGGACGCCAGUUUGUGGUCAUAAUCUUUGAACUGUAUGAUGUUUUAAGAGCCUUGACUUCUUCAUCUAUGCUGACUUGUAUAGGUUCAUUCAUUUGGAGGCACGUUUCUAUUAAUAAAAUCAUUAAA